AAGACAAAUUUUUGGGCAUAAAUCAGCUGUUUCGGUUAGCCAAUUGGCACUACGUGGCAACGCCAUGUAAAAAGUUUAUUGAUGCAGCGACAAUUGUUGUUGUUAAAAGUAGGCGCUAAUUUAAAGCAAAGUAAUUGUUAAUAACUGAAAUUUGAAUGCUGCGGUUGCAGAGCGCAUACAAAAAUGGCAACUAUAAGCAAGAAUUUUGAAAUAUUGCAGCUGACAGAAGUGGUGCGUGAGCAUUAUAUGCGCUACUUGGAGCGCCAACUGCAGGAAAAUGUAUGUGCCUGGGCGGCCUCGUCCCGAAAUCAUCAUAAGCCCACAGCUUGGGCAUGCAUUACGCUCAGCGUAAAAACUUUGGAAUCGCGUGCACUUAAAGCAUGUCAAGCGGCAUUAUUAUAUCAGCGCGCCAUGAUCAAGAUGAUAGCUGCUGUGCGGCGUAAUACUCAGGAAUGUCGAUUAGCUGACUCACUUUUUAAAAACAUGCAGCAGGAGCAGUCUCUUGGACAGGAUGAAGAGACAUUGCAGAAGCUUGACAACAGUCGCAGCACAAAACAGUUUGUCGAUAAAGCAACACAAACACUGCAAGACAUAACAAAUAACGAUAGUUAUGCAAGCUACACGCUGGGUGAGAAAAUGGAUUUGUUCCAAAGAAAAUUCCUAACGCAUGAGAGUCAAAAAGAAGAACCGCCGAUUGAAGUUAACGGUGAGGCAAGAACGCCAAUAUUAAGCACAGAGGAUACAGUGGCACAAGAGCUGGCAAAACUCUUUGAUGACGAACCAACCGAUCUGAAUGCCAUAUUUGGCAUUGAAGUGCAGGCAACAGCAACAGGGGCAACCCAACUGCCUUACUCAGAGCCAAGGCCCGCCGACGUCAAGGCAGCGCAAGCAUCACCCACAACGCCGCAACCAGCUUCACAUAGAAAAACUCAUAUAGAUCUAAGAAGUAGUCGGUGGCCCUGCGAGCUCUAUGCCCAACGUCGCCUGCUGAGUGCAUGUUUGGUGCGUCUGCUAGAUGCCGACUGGCGUUGCGAGCACUCCCUGCGUUAUAAAUUCAAUUUGCUUUUUGGCGAAGACAGCGAUGAUGAAUUUUCCACACAGAUAAGUAGUCCUAGCAUUGAUUUGGUUGAUGAGGUGCUGCUGGCUAGCUGCAUUCUACGCAUACGCCCGUGGAUAGUGCGGCAUCUGAUGCCGCCACUACAAGAGGGUCUCAUUGGCAAUCGCUUUUUGUUUAAGAAACUGGCCAAAACGUUAGCCCACAAUAUUGUCCUAAUCAAUCCAUAUGCUUCCGAACAGCAUGUCAAGCUGGCUAUAGAACAUAUGUUCUGCAUGCUACCCAGAGGAGUACAAAGCGCGUUGGAUUUGGAUAUGAUGCCAGGGUUAGUCGUUGAUAGGUUUGAGUGUUAGGGAAGCUUUAUGCUUGGUUACUAAAAUCGCAAUUCUAAAGCAAUAAAACGUCAUAUAUACACUUUCCGUAGUUGUUAAACCCGAAGGGUUUUCUAGUCUAGCAGUUUGAUAAAACGUACUCGCACGCACCAAAUUUGUAUUCGUAAAAAAUACAAACCAAAUUGUUUUAGAACAUAAAAAU